GAAACAUUACUACUUAUUAAAGGAAUAUGUGUUGUGUUUCUGAUCGUUUCUAGGAUUUACCAUGUGAAUCCAUCUUCACUCCAGUCAGAAUUAGUUGGUGGGAUAAGAAUCACAUCUGUCAUUUAUAAAACAUGCACCAUAACUACGAUGAUCAUAGAUUUUGUUCAUAAGUGCCUGAGUAGUGGAAUGAAAGAAGCGGCAUAAUACUACGUCCUAAUUUAACAAAACCAACUAUAAUUCAUAAACCUGGUAUAUCUUUACGAGGUGAAGAAAGCUUAGAAAAUUAUGUACGCGGAUGCGGUAGUCAGUGGUUUAAACAAAUUAGCAAAGAAGAAUCUUUCAUAGAAUGUCAAAAAGAUGUACACAUCCGUUGUUCACGGGGAGAGGUUUGCUUAUUUUACAAUUUAAUUGAAAAUAAACCCAUAUUAGUGUUUACUAUCUUAACAUGUUACCAUGUACUGGAACAGCCGAGCGUAGAAAGAGUUUGCUCUGUUUCACUCUCUCUGAAAAUUCCUUCAUACGGCCGCAUGUAUAUAAACACUUCCAAAAACGUCACUCUUGCGGUGGAAUUGUCGUUUACGAAAUCGAGAGGAUGAAAAGCAAAUAUCCGGCGCCUUAACCGGGUUAGUGGAUAUGAAGGAUCCAUCUAAGGGAGUAAGAGAACCCAGAUUCCAAACCAAUGCUCCACAUGGGCUCCAGGAUCUUAAGGGAAUGAAUGGCGUAUGAAUCUAUUGUUGGUCACCGGCUACCAUAGGACAGUAUCUCCUAACGUUGCUCCACUGCUUUGUGGGCUACACUUUGAGGACAAAGGGUCGGGGAGUGGUCCCUUUAAAAACACCUGCUUCGGUUGGGGCACUCGGGUAGUAUCCUAGCCCUCACAUAAACCGGCGUACUUCUGUGGCGCAUAUCUGUUUGGUGCCCCCUUGUACAAAUGCUUAUGUUUAAAUAAAUAAAAAUAAAAUAUGAUAAUGAUCUGGUUAACCGAACAACAAGUGCAUCUAUUGAUUUACUCAUUCUAUCCACAUCUUACACAAAAAUUAAUACAUAAGUAAUUUUAUGCUUCCGAACAUGUUAAUUAAUAUUAUGAAUUUACUUACCAAGCGUUAGGUAAUUUACAUAAAGGACGAAACGGUAUUGGUGUUAGUAUUCUACUUGAUUCUAAACAAAAUAAUACACCAAUUAUGGAAUCACAUAAUCCAAUACGUUCUCUUCCAUCAAAUGAAGCUUAUACAAAUUGGCAACGUGAUAGAAUUAAAGAAGCUGGUUUAAUGGAACAAAUUCUAAAUCAAGGAUGGUCAUGUAAAAGUGGUCUUACAAAAAAGUCAAAUGAAAUACAAACUUUUAACAAACCGUCUAAUUAUUUCAAUGAUGACAGUGAUACAGCUGAUCAUUCAGGUGCACAAAUGGCGGAGAUUUUAGGUGAGAAACUUCCUUCUACUUUGCUACUAAAAGAUAUCAAUAUGAAAAUUGCUCCCCGAAGUAUUCCUCAAUCAGCAGCAGCAAAUGCUGCACGUGAAGGAGUUGGAAUGGCUGAACGCUUAGGUUUAAUUCAGCCUAAACAGUCUUAUCCUGGAGCGGAUAUGGAUAAGAUUGCAGAGGCAAUAUCAGAAGCUACAUUUUCUCGAGAUAUGCAACAGUGUGGAAAUGGGCCCCGUAAUAAGUUUGAAGGAGUUGAAUAUGCUAAAAGAAAUCGUGGAACACUGAACAAUAGUAACUUGCACUCGAUGAAUCCUGAAUUAAUACCAAAGCAAACUCCACGAAUACGACCGGAAGCUCAAGAAAUAUAUGAGUCGAAUGACGGUCAAAUGUGUAAAUUGCUGCUGACAAAUGAUAAAUUAAAACAAAAAUUAUUAUGGAAUCCAAAAUUUUAUCCGAAUACUAAUGAUAUCAUUAGAAGAUCACGUGGUGGAGCGGCUAAAGAUUGUAUAAAUCCAUAUAAAACAAAAUGGUGCAGUAAAAUACGAAUGACGCGGACAGCUUCAGUUAGAAGGAAACAAAUAAAUAAUUAAAACAAUAUUAUUAUUUAAAGUGUUUAUGAAUAUUGAUGUACAAUUAUCCAUUAGAAACUGAUGUUAUAUACUUGUAUUUUCGAUAAUAUCAUUUCUUACUAUAAACUGAUCUCUGUUAGAUA